CUACUGCUAACUACAAUUAAAACAGGAAGAGACGGACAUUUGAAAGUUCAAAAUGCAUGGAUUUUUUCUGAUAUUUCAGAUAUUUUUUGGAGUCGCCACUGCAACCAGAUGCUACUAUUAUAUACUUUCUUACAGCUCCUAUAGUUCGAAGUAUUGUUACAAGGAAUGUUGCUUUAAAUAUUCAUAUGAUCCAUGUUGUUAUUACACUAAGACUACGACAUUGUCAACUGGGGGAAUUAUUGGAGUAGCAGUGACUGGUGGUAUAGUAUUAAUUGUCGCGAUUACAAUUUGCGUUUGGCGUAGAUAUAAGCAUAAGAAAGCCGCAGCACCACAAAUGAUGACAAAUGCUCAGCAAAUGGUUCCGAACAUGCAGUCAUGUGCUGUUGGACCUGCUACGAAUAUGCAACCUAUGCAAGGUAAUGGGAUGCACUAUGUACCGAAUCCACAGCCAACAGUGUCCUACGUUACACCAGCGGGAUUUCAAGGAAACCCACCACCUUAUGGAGGACUACAAGGAAACCCACCACCUUGUGGGCCUGUUGUGUACUAUCCAGGCCCUGCACCAAUAGUCACGGCACCAGCGGCUCAAAAGAAAAAGAAAAAUACAACAAAGAAUGCUCUUAGAUUACUUUCUUUGAUGUAACAUUUUAUUAGCUAAAAACAGACACGUUGAAUGCGUGUUUAAAUCAAACAUACAUAUAUAUGUGAAAAAUAAUAUGCCAAAUUUGGUAAAAUUCGAUAAAUUCAAGGGUUACAUGAUUUUUCCAACUUCAGGUACCAAACAUCAAGUAUCUUUUUUGUAUUAGUUUUGUAUUUAAAAUUUUGGAAAGUAACGAUGUAUUCAACAUUAACUUGAUUACAAUUGCUUCACUCUUUCUAUCGAAGAUAAUAAAAAGCUAAACAUCUAUUUGUAUUAUCGAUAAAUAUAUUUAGUUGAAAUUUAUCCAAACAUAAAUCCACGAUUACCCCAGUGUAAAGUAAACCAAAAAGAAAAAUUGAAGUUCCUAUUCAAAAUAAAAUUUGCGGAGUAUAUAUUUCUUUAAACACAAUAAUUACGUUUAAUUAAAAGUCCAGUUUCAGAAAGAAAAAAAAAAUGAAGUUUGUUUGAAAUGCCAUGAAAUGUCAAGGUUAAAUUUAAAUGGUCACAGCAAAAUAGAAUAGCAACAGAAAAAAAGUAAACAAUGGCGUUACAGGUAGUCAUAUGUUAUACAUAUUGAAAUUUAAAAACCAUGUGAUCAUAGAUUAUAACUGACAAAUAAUCUCAAUUAAAAAACUACUUAGUAGUAUCUUAAUAAAUAUAUAGUAUAAAUCAUAACAAAAUAAAAAUUCUAUGAGUUACAAAUGAAAUGUAAAUUUUAUACCCUCCAAACCGAAUGUCCACCAAACAAACAAAUCUCAGAAACUGCAAAUUGUAACUUUUAUAAUAUUUCUAUAAUAACUUAAAGAGUAAGUCUACAUCAUCUUCUAUAAUCCAAGUCGAGGACGCGCACCUCGAUUCCCCAUCACAAUGACAGGUGUACUAACCAUUGUACUAACAAGGAUGUAUGAUAGAGUCAACAGUGUAAACCUUCUACAAUAAUAAUAAUAUUAUUAAUAAGGGUAAUGCAAUGGGCUGAUAUAAGAAGAGUAGAAUAGUCAAGACAAUGUAAGGAAAAAAACCCCACUUACUAUAAACAUGUAAAUAUAUAUAACUAAAAUAAAUACAUAUUUGUCAUUUUCAUUAAUAAAUCAUUUAUAAAUAUACAAA